AUGCUGCUUGCUGGACGCAUCCUUGCUAUCUGCAGCUCCCACUCUCUUACGGGUGAUCGAGCCUCUUCUAAGCAGCCUAUAACCAGCUGCCAGCCUUCUGUCUCCCUUCCAUCUGUUUCUUCGUCUGCUUUUUUACCUACCGCCAACCUCCACCCUCCGACUUAUAUAAUACCUUUGCUGGCCGCUUUCUCUGCUACAUUUGCGAUAGUUGCAACUUAUCCAGCCAGCCUCAUCCGCUCAAAACUACAGGCGCAACUGUCAGUCCACUCGCGGGAUAGCGCCUAUCUACAGGCUGGCCGGGGACAUGGACGCUUAGAUGGUAGAGUUACGGCAACUGGCCUUCUCCGCACCAUUCUCGUCAACGACGGACCUAAGGGCCUUUAUCGAGGUCUCGGUACUAACUUAGCUAAGGUCCUUCCGGCCACUGGCAUUUCUUUGGCCACAUUAGAGACUGUCAGGCAGCAUCUGGGAUUAGGACCACUUGGUUCCGGGUAG